GCCGCGCGUGCCUUCAGUACCACCGCCCGCCGCGAUAUUGCCAAGAUAACCAUUGUCGGCAACCUCGCCGCCACGCCAGAGCUCAAGGCCACCUCGACCGGCCGCGAGCUCAUCGAGUACGCCGUCGCCAGCAACAGCGGUCCCCGCGACAACCGCACCACCUCGUGGUUCCGUGUUGUCAGCUUCGCCCCCGAGGGUCCCCAGCGGGACUUCAUCACCAGUCUGCCCAAGGGUGCUACCGUCUACGUCGAGGGCGAUGCCUCAAUGAACACCUACACCGAUGCCGAGGGCAAGAACCGGUCGUCCCUGCGGAUCAUCCAGAAGAACAUGGAGGUCCUCCGCCGCCCCGCU